GCUUUGAUUUAGUAGACAACAUUGGCAGUGCUCUGAUGAACUUUGGCUGGGCGAGAUGGGGUCGUCGUCGUCGAAUUCUGAUGGAUAUUUAGUGCUGUGCGCCUAUGCCAUUGCACUGCUUGAUUUGGUCUCCGCCGUGCUCUUCGCCGUUGUAUCUGGGAUGCUCUAUGCAAAGAACAGCCAUUGGACCUCUCUGGUUGCAUUGAUAUUUACUAUAUUUUGGAUCCUCAUAAUUAUCGUGCUGGUGCUGGGCAUCUACAAGCGCCAGUUGACUUUGAUUCGUUGCUGGUUGGCGUUCACCUGUCUGGGCAUUUUUCUGGAUGGCAUUAUUCUGAUUUAUGGCCUGACCUUAGCCAUUGCCGUGAACUGGGAGGGCGUGAAAGUCACAGUUCUGCCCUUUGUGGGCUUGGCUGUGGAAAUGACAUUUGUCUAUAUCAUACAUCUCUUGUAUCUGGAAAUGACUGGAACUCGCAAUUCACAGCCCGAGGAGCCAAGGGCCAAAGGAGGAGCUGAUGUGCAGCCGGUCAUGUAUAACGACAGACAGCUUAGAGAAAAGGAGGCGCAGUACGAGUACAGGCGUCACAAAAGGCUUGCCAAAGAGCGCAGGCUGCGGGACAAAGCUAUACUCAAGGAUAUGGAAAAGAGGCUGCGUCAUGGAUUGGGCUAGGAUCAGCUUCUUAGCAUUUCUUAGAAAUUAAGCUGAUAAUUCCCACAUAUAUAUUUCAAAAUAAACUUUGCAUCU